CCUUUGUUGUGAGCUGCCGCAAACACUGGUGGCUGGAAGGAGACGCCGGCGCUGCAGAGAGUCCUGCGCUGCCGGCCGCUAAGGGAAGGCAGGGGCUGCGGCUGCUGGCCGUUUCCAGCCUUCGCCGAGAGGUACCCGGGCAUGACAGCUCUGGAACUAGCCGAGAGGCGAGGAACCGGCUAGAACUGGGGGCGGAGGGUCGACUGAGGUCGCCACCAUGGGGGUGUCUGCAGGAGGGAAGCCAGCGUCGGCCGACUCGGAGCCAGACGUGGGGUCUGAGGAGAGAUUGCGGCUGGGACUUGCACGGAAGCACUGAGAAUGCGAAGGUCUCAAGUCGUGUCGUUUGGUGGGGGCAGCCGUUGGUCCUGUUGGGGAGGACUGACGGGGUCAAGGAUUCCUGCAUUCUAAAGGAAAAUUAAGCUUGGUUGCAGUACAGCUACAUUCUAGAUCAAUUUUGAUAUUAUAACUCCUUUGGACUUUGUACACUGACCUCCUCUGUCCCUUGCCCUUACCUAUUAGGUUGGUGUGGAAAUUAAAACAACACAAAUAUUUUGACUGGGGAUUUGAUCAAGCAAAUGCUAAAAAGCCACAUAAAGAAGAUCCUUAACAUUUCUCAACAAUUAUAUAGUCAACUGAUGUAACAAUGGUACUAAUAUUGGGACGAAGACUAAACAGAGAGGAUCUUGGGGUGCGUGAUUCCCCAGCAACUAAGCGUAAAGUUUUUGAAAUGGACCCUAAAUCUUUGACAGGCCAUGAGUUUUUUGACUUCUCCUCAGGAUCAUCCCAUGCUGAAAACAUACUCCAGAUAUUCAAUGAAUUCCGAGACAGCCGCUUAUUCACAGACGUCAUCAUUUGUGUGGAAGGCAAAGAAUUUCCUUGCCAUAGAGCUGUUCUCUCAGCCUGUAGUAGCUACUUCAGAGCUAUGUUUUGUAAUGACCACAGAGAAAGCCGAGAAAUGUUGGUUGAGAUCAAUGGUAUUUUAGCUGAAGCUAUGGAAUGUUUUUUGCAGUAUGUUUAUACUGGAAAGGUAAAGAUCACUACAGAAAAUGUACAAUAUCUCUUUGAAACAUCAAGCCUCUUUCAGAUUAGUGUUCUCCGUGAUGCUUGUGCCAAGUUCUUAGAGGAGCAACUUGAUCCUUGUAACUGCUUAGGAAUCCAGCGCUUUGCUGAUACCCAUUCUCUCAAAACACUCUUCACAAAAUGCAAGAAUUUUGCAUUACAGACUUUUGAAGAUGUGUCACAGCAUGAAGAAUUUCUUGAGCUUGACAAAGAUGAACUUAUUGAUUAUAUUUGUAGUGAUGAACUUGUUAUUGGUAAAGAGGAGAUGGUUUUUGAAGCCGUCAUGCGUUGGGUCUAUCGUGCUGUUGAUUUGAGAAGACCACUGUUACAUGAGCUCCUGACACAUGUGAGACUCCCUCUGUUGCAUCCCAACUACUUUGUCCAAACAGUUGAGGUGGACCAAUUGAUCCAGAAUUCUCCUGAGUGUUACCAGCUUUUGCAUGAAGCAAGACGGUACCACAUACUUGGGAAUGAAAUGAUGUCCCCAAGGACUAGGCCACGCAGGUCAACUGGCUAUUCUGAGGUGAUAGUUGUCGUUGGAGGCUGUGAACGGGUUGGAGGAUUUAAUCUUCCAUACACUGAGUGCUAUGAUCCUGUGACAGGAGAAUGGAAGUCUUUGGCUAAGCUUCCAGAAUUUACCAAAUCAGAGUAUGCAGUCUGUGCUCUAAGGAAUGACAUUCUUGUUUCAGGUGGAAGAAUCAAUGGCCGUGAUGUGUGGAUUUAUAACUCACAGCUAAAUAUUUGGAUCAGAGUUGCUUCUCUAAAUAAAGGCAGAUGGCGUCACAAAAUGGCUGUCCUCCUUGGUAAAGUAUAUGUUGUUGGAGGCUAUGAUGGACAAAACAGACUUAGCAGCGUAGAAUGUUAUGAUUCCUUUUCAAAUCGAUGGACUGAAGUUGCUCCCCUUAAGGAAGCAGUGAGUUCUCCUGCCGUGACUAGCUGUGUAGGCAAAUUGUUUGUGAUUGGUGGAGGACCUGAUGAUAAUACUUGUUCUGAUAAGGUUCAAUCUUAUGAUCCAGAAACCAAUUCUUGGCUACUUCGUGCAGCUAUCCCAAUUGCCAAGAGGUGUAUAACAGCCGUAUCCUUAAACAACUUGAUAUAUGUUGCUGGUGGACUGACCAAGGCAAUAUAUUGUUAUGAUCCAGUUGAAGAUUACUGGAUGCAUGUACAGAAUACAUUCAGCCGACAGGAAAACUGCGGUAUGUCUGUGUGUAAUGGUAAAAUAUAUAUCCUGGGUGGAAGACGGGAAAAUGGAGAAGCCACAGACACUAUUCUCUGUUAUGAUCCUGCAACAAGUAUCAUCACAGGGGUGGCUGCAAUGCCCAGGCCAGUGUCCUAUCACGGCUGUGUGACCAUACAUAGAUACAAUGAAAAAUGCUUUAAGCUCUAAAGCCAGGAUACCUCACCCAAGAAGCCACACUGAUCCAAGAUGAGAGGUUCUAAGAACUCCAGAGUGGGAACUUGGCAUAUCUCCUUUGUGCCAUGUACACAAAAAAGUAAAAAUAAUAAUUGUGGUGCCUUUUCCCCGAAAUAUCAAUCUUUCAAACUGUAAUAAAGCCUUUCCUGUAAUUGGAAAAAAAAAUUUGUUGUUGAAAGUAAUAGUGGUUAUUGCUUGGGUUUUGAGAGUGUACCUUUGUAAGUACUUGUAAGAAACUCAUGUGGAGUAGGAAAUAAUGUCUGCCUGUGUAACUUUCAGGAAUUUGUGAAUGGUUUCUCCAUUUAUAUAUGCUUAUCUGUAAGCCUGUAUAUUCCUUAUUUUGUCAUACAUGUAUAGAAAAUUGCAUGACUUAGGCUUCAUUUAGGUUGACUCACAUAAUGCUUAGAAUGCUUACAAAGGGAGGAAGUCAGUUUAAAAAAUCUUUUUCACUAAAAAUAUAUCCAAACUGAUUAAUUUUAUUGAAGGUUUUUUUCAGUAAUUGAUAAAAAUGUAAUGACAACAAUUUGAGUAUCAUAAAAUACUGAAUUAUCAUGACUUCUUAGAAUUGCUUAUAUUAAACAUAUUUUUGGAAGAACAUUGGGUAGGAGAUAGAAAAGCAAGUGCCCCUAAAAUGCAGAUUAAAAUUAUAGGUUAAUUCCUAAGAAAAAAUUAUGUAAGACUGUUGAAGGGAAAAACGACCCACUGUGGCUCUCAAAGUACUUAUGUAUCAUCUCUAAAUCCUCUAAGGAAGCACCUUUUCUUGAACCUGGCAAGAGAGUUGAAAUCCAUUUUGUGAUACUAUUUUGUGUAAGACAAGGACAGGUCUCCUCCCUAGCCCAGCAGGGUUUGACUUCAUUAGUAUGGUGCUUUGGGUGAGGACCUCUUUCCUGGCUAUCCUCCUUUCCUGUGAACAGGUAAAAAUCCUGGAGUCUCCACUCUUGAGUUGCCUUUAAAGGAUAAAGCAGGGAUCACCUAUCAGUGGGUCCGUUUUUCUUUUAAAAUUAGCUAUCCAAAAAAACUAACAGUGGUAUUUGCAGUCUUUUAAGAUAAAUCUUUCAGUUGGUACCAAUUGCGGAAAAUCUGGUCAACAUUCUCAAGCUUCUCUACAACAAAUUGCCUUUGUCUAGAUUUUUCAACUCCAGUUUAUAAGCUUACUAGUUUUCAAAGAGGAAUGUAAAAUUUUUUCUAAGGCAAAUGGAAUGGCAGGAACUGUAGUAUAAGUGAUUACUGUUAUUCUUGGGUGAAAGAUAUAAUUUACAACAUUUUAGGGAUAUUCCAGGGAUGUACCAGGUAGCCUGCUGGGUUUCAACUGCCCAGGCACUACUGUUGUCUCACGUAAUUAUAUACUCCUUGUCACAGGAGAGAUGAUGCAAAUGUGUGAUUAUAGUGCCACCAGAUUUCUAUUAAAACCAAGUUAGUAAUAAAAAAACCUAACAUAGAUAAACCAUUUUGUUUUCUCAUCUUAGAAGGAUACAGAGAUUCCUAAAAACUAUGUGGCAUCAGUGCCAACUUAGCUGGAAUCUGAAUUCUGAGGAAAACUCUAAAGAUCUUAUAAAUGUUUAGGGAAUUAAAUUUUUCAAAUCAUAAUUUGGAAAUGAUAUGUACCUUUUUCUGAUAAUUGUCAGAGCAAUUCAGGAAAUAAUUUUCUAUCAUUUUAGUUGAAAGACCAUUGUAAAUACAAUUGGGAUACUUGUUUUAAUUCUAAAGUAAACAUCUGCAAUAUACCUUUUGUAGAUAAUGGAACCUGUUUAGUUCAGAGAUUCUUUGCGGUAGAUGAGAUAAUGUAUGAGAAAAGUGUUUUGUAAAUGCUGAGGAUUAUACAAAUGACACUUGUUAUUUUUAUGUGUAUUUGUAAGAUCAUGCCCAUCCAUAAAUACAGACACUUCACACACAAACCUUCUCAAGAUCACUUGUAUUGUAGUACUUUUGUCUAUUGUAAAAGUAUUAAGUAUUUACUUGUAUUUCUUUAUACAUUUAUUUUUAAUAUCCAUGUGUUUAUUGUACUAAAUUUGAAAUGAAAUCCUAUAAAACAAUUUGUUUAAACAUAGACCUCAUGCCAAUAUUGUUUAAUUUUUUUCUACAUAAUUUAAAACUACAUAAAUUAAGUAAGCCACCAAAAACUUAGCUUGAAUCCUAUGAAAUUAACAAUUUUUGAAAUUACUCAACUGAUAUUUUAAUACCCCUUAACUAUUUAUCUUCCUUUACUGAUUGUUGAUAAGUAAUGGUGUUAGCGUUGAUAAAAGAAUUUUAGGGUAUAAUUAGUAUACCAAAAGGGAUUCAUCAACCAAAUUGUGUCAGAUUAUAUUCAUACUGUCAUCACAUAGUUGACAGAUUUCCUUUUGAUAGGAGAUGCUCAUAUAAGCCUUUGGGUUAGUAUGUAUGUAUAUACAUGUAUAGAUAGAUAGUAUGGUCAUGUACACACAUAUAUACAAACACCAAGAAUUUGAUCAGUUUGUGAUGAUCGGAAAACACAUAAAGUAAGAAUUGGUUGACUUAAUUAAAUUCAUUUCCGGAAAAUUUUUUUUUAUUUGGACAUUUCUAUAAUACUCUUUUACAUUUGAAAGUACAUGAUGGGGGGCACCUGGCUGGCUCAGCCAGUAGAGCAUGCGACUCUUGAUCUUGGGGUCAUGAGUUUGAGCCCCACAUUGGGUAUAGUGAUUUCUUAAAAAAAGUUUGAAAGUACAUGAGUAUUAGUAUAAUGAGUUGUAUACAGUCAGAAUCUAUGUAAUACAUAAAUUUUCACGAGAUCAGAAAACAAAUUGGAGGUAGAGACAAGUUUGCUAAACCCAUCUGUGAUACCUCGGUGGGAAAAGGAAUUCAAGUGUAUGUUUUGUGGAUUAACAGGAAAGUAUAGUUGUUUUUUGUUCAUGAACGUGUAUUUUCCUAUUGAUGAAUGAGUUAUAAAGUGGUCUGAUUUUUACAACAGUAGACCUUCGUUUUCAAAUUUAAUCUUCCCACUGACUACUGCACAGGUAUGAAAUAGUAGCUUAUUGAAUCUUCAGUAACCUUUUGUUUCCCUAGAUGACUGAAAUAUAUUUACUCCAUUUAAACCAGGUGGUAAGAAAAAAAUGGUGUAAAUACUCAGGGAGGGUAUUCACUUGUCAUUUUUGCCUAUUUGGGGUGUUUAAAGUGCCAUAACUCUAUAAACUUCAGUUCAUGAUCCUAGAGUAAAUUUAAUUUGGUAAAUGGGCUUCACACAGGCAGUGGUUGAACAUUCAUUCUUUUAUAUUUAGAAAGAUGAAAAUGUUUUGUGGACUGAUACAUUUUCUCUUAGUGAAUACGAAUUGUUUAUGUCUCUCUACUGUCAUAUACCCUUUUGAAACUCAGGAAAGACAAAGGUUCAGUUAUACUACUUUUGUCAAUACGCAAACCAGGUGUGUAUUGUUUUUUUUUUUUUCCUGUUGUCUGGAUAUGGCAAUAGAUUUUUUUAAAAAAAGAAUUGCUGUGAGAACCCAAACAUGAAAAGAGAGGGUUUGAAUUGUUGUGUGUGCCUUUCGUGUCUUGAGAUUUAUAUGUGGAAAAGACAUCUCCAGAGUGUAUUUUCAAAGAGAAGAGAUAGCUAUUUAUAUGGUGCCAAGUGAUAAGAUAAUGUCUCUUAAAGGUUUCCUAUGGAAGCCUUUAUUUUACUAAACUCAAGACACCAGUGAACCUCAACAUAAUUUUGGCCUUAUUAGAAUUUCUUGUGCAUUAUAUUGAAAGCCAGGUUUACAUCACCUCACCCCAUUAUUCUUUUUAGUUAAAUAAACAAAUUCGCCAUAUCAGGUAACCAGAAUGGGGGCAAUUUGGUUGGCCUUUAAGUAGGUUUGACUAGGUAGCUCUACUUACUGUCACAUCUAAUGCUAGACAUCAGAAACCACUUGAGCCAGAGUGUGAACUGAUAAUUCCAGAGACAUUUUCAACUUACUUCAGACAUUUUUUAAUGUUUUUUAUGAAUGUGUUACAUUUGUGUGAUUGCCUUAGAUAUUAAAUUUACUUAGUGCUAAAGAUGAUCAUAAUUUUUUUAAAACAGCAGUAGUCAUAACUUAUUUUAUAUAUUGUUCCAAAGAAAAAGAAUUUAAUGUUUUCAAAAUAACUGCAUCUGAAUUUAUGUGCCUUAAGUUCUGUAGUGCUAUUUCAACUUUUUUUCAUACUAAGUGACGCUUACCUUAGAUGAGUUUCAUAUUUGUUUCCUACCGAGUAAGUAAACUCCCCUUCUUAAAUUUUUUAAUAAGCACCAUGUGGUUGCUUGGCAGAAUGAGAAUAUUAAGAAAUGUUGUUGAGUGUUUGGAGUUUUAUUAUAUUUGAGGGUUUUGUUUGUUUUUGUUACCAAGGUGCUUUUUAAGAUAUUCAGACAAACAUCUAACAUUGAUUAAACGUUUGAAAACAUCAUUUGCAAUAUCUACAUCUAAUGUCAGAAAAGUAAAUGUACUUAUUUUUGUUCCAUCCUUAUGUAUUAUUUUUUUCCUUCUAUAGUCUUUUAUAUUUCCUGAAAAAGUUCUUACUCUUGCUUUCCCCAUCAUCCCUCCCCACCCCCAGUUUCUUUAUUUAAAUUAUUGAGAAUUUCUGGAGGUAGGACAACAAUUAUAGAGUUGAAAAAGAGCAUAAUAUGCUUUACAACUUGUAUAGACCUAUGGCAGCCAAAUGUCACUUGCUUUCCGUGAGAGGCUCCAAGAAUCUUCACAGUGAAAAAAAAUGCUUUGUCAUUUGUUCUCAAUUUGGUUGUAGCACAGUAAUACUUAUAUGUCUUGUUUAGAUAUACUUUGUGCAUAGUUUAAUUUUUUUAAAGUUGUAUCUAAUAAAAUGUCCUUUAACCAUUA